UGUUAAACAGUGUUAAGUGUCGACAGAUUAGUAGUCACGCAAAUACUGUUAUCGUCGUAAGACAGUGAAAAUGUAUUUUCGUGGUUAGAAUUGGAAGUGUGAAACAGCUUAGCGAGUGAAGUGUUUUGUAAUUUUCUUUAUCCUUACUGAGUAAAGGCUGAUCACAGUAUCCUUCCGCAGUAGUUCUGACAGUGAGAUCACAGAGUGUAGUGUUGAUACAAAGGAGCUCAGUCAGUACUUAAGUCAGUAACAAUACUGUGGGUAGUGGAGAUCUAAACGCCAGUCGUUGGUAAACAUAGUGGGUGCCAUGGUGGCAUAAACAGGUUUCCUCAGUAAGGAUACUGGGUGUAGUGCCUACACGAGACAUCUGGUUGCUUCGUAACAUAGCCUUCAACACGCUUCAGAUCCUGUCGCCUGGACGUUCCCUUCCAGCAGCAGGACGUCAAGCAUGAUGUACCACUGCAGGGGUCGUUUGCUCCUGUGGCUCCUCUUCUGCUGCUGUUCCUGUGUGGGUGUGACGGAUGGGUGGUGGCAGCGGCCAGAGUUCGGUCCAGCAGAGUCCAUAGUGACUGUCCAGGAGGGAGAGACGGCGAAGCUGCCCUGUGUCGUGCUUCACCUCAACGACAAGUCGGUGACGUGGCUGAGGCGGCGAGACCUGCACAUCCUGACGGCUGGUCACCACACCUACUCCGCCGACCAGCGCUUCCAGGUGGUUCAUGCUGAGGGCAGCGAUGAGUGGACGCUAGUGGUCCGCUACUCCCAGCUGAGGGACGCGGGAGUAUACGAGUGCCAGAUCAACACUGAACCUAAACUCUCCCGUCACGUCAAGCUCCGAGUCCACGACCCCAGGCAGGUAGUGACUAAAGCCAAGGUGUUCGUGGCCAACAACACAGCCUCCACCAAGGACGGUAACCUGCGAGUGGAGAUCCUAGGACCACGAGAACUAUAUAUCGAGGAGGGAUCCUCCCUCAGCCUGACCUGUCUGGUAACGUCACUACGGGGCCCCUCAGCCCUGGUCUACUGGUACCACGACACCAGCCUCAUCGACUACAACUCUCCCAGGGGCGGCGUCAACCUCAAGAUUGACCGUGGUCGUGGGGAAACGACGACAAGGCUGGUGGUGUCGUCCGUGGGUCCCGGAGACUCUGGCAUGUACUCCUGUGUACCUCAAGGCUCCCACCCCGCCACCGUGCUAGUACAUGUACAGAAGGGUAAGCAUGAAGCAGCCAUCCAGCAGGGCGGCCUGAAUGCCGCAGCUCCUCCUUUCUUCUUUUCCUCUUCUGCGCUCCUCUCCUCCUGCCUCUUUCUUCACCUCUGCCUCCUUCCCUUGAUCUUUACCAGCGAACUUGGCACUCUUUCCUGCCUGCGCUUCUCUGCCUUCUCUUUGCCUUUUAUUUUUCUGGCGCUGAUUCUCAUUUUUCACUCCUCGGUUAAAACAAUUUUGACAAUUUUUUUUCUCGUUCUUCUUAGUGCUUUUCACGGCCAUAUGUUUUUUAGUUUUCUUUUUCUCUCACGGCUGGAGCUCGUACAUACACGGAAUUCGUUGAGGCCUCCGUCUGCUGUCUAUGAUUCCUCGUCACUGCCUCCGUCUACUAUAUAUGAUUCGUCGUCACUGCCUCUGCCUACGGUGUCUGAUUCAUCGUUAUUACUGCCUUCCUCUGCGGUCUAUGAUUCAUCCUCAUCAGUGCCUCCUACGACUCCUGUUACAUCCUCUCCAUCUCCGCAGAACAACCCAAGCUUAUUGACAUCACUCUUCAACACGAGCCUGAAAUUCCCUUCCACGUCCAUUACUUCAACUCUUCAUGCACCAGCUGCAGCAUCAGUGCCAUGGUGGCACUUGCACGCAGAAUGGAAGAGGCGUUCCCAUGGGUCAACGCUAUAGACGGGGGCAGUGAGCUUGUAAAUAAUAACAAAAAAAUGUUUGAAGGUGUCAUUAUGCUGUAUAAAACAUUUAUAGUAAUAGAUGUAAAUGUUAGUGGUGCGUAAUUAAGUAAUGCUGCUGCUACCUUAUUACCCAACAAUUGCACUUACAUGUUCCACGUGCCAAUAUUUUAUUUGUACCUUCUAUGCUUUUUUGAUAAACACGCAUAUAAACGCAGUAUGCUGGGGCAGAGGUAAUCUGCUCACAAGCUUAAUUAACUUGACCAAGUUAAUAUAAAUAUCAGUCAAUGGUUCAUGUUAAUAACAUUGUACAGCCAAGCUCAGAGUUGGAUUUCCAGCUCUUCCACCCUCAACACCGAUCCACCUUCAGGUCAAUAAUCAAUAUCAGCUUGUUUUGUUUGCAGUUAUAUUUACAGGUUUUGAGUUGCUACGCUCCUCAGCUCAUUACAAAGUCCAGCUCCACGACUGUGCCAUUCAUAACGGUACACCAUUCAUAACGGUACCCAGGUACACCUUCACUGCUAAACAAAGACUGUACAAAGACUGGCCAUAGUGUCAACCUGUUCACUAGUGAACCCGGCGUCUUCAUUUGUUGUACAUGGUACAUAAUACAUAACAGAUGAAGAAUUAGACACACAUGUCGUUUCGUUAUCCAGUGACUUUAUCAAUAAAGUUCAAGGACAUAAUGGGAAGAUUGUGUCGAAGAUGGAGUUGGUGAAGUGUACCGUAGCCUUCAAGACUACGGUACACUUCAACUCCAAAGCUGAGGGAUUUAUUACUUCGUCUUUCGUAAAUAGUUCUACAGUCUUCACAUUAUGUCCUUGAAUUGAUGUUGAUAAAGCCACUGAAUUACGAAAUUUCUACAAGAUACCCAGAUGUUGCGUAUGUCUAAUUCUUCUUUAUCCUAAGGCUCUGCUCUCGAGUCACCUGGUAACACACUGUGGCAAAUUACAGCACAAACUUUGCAGCAUUCAAAGGUCACAUCAAUUAUUGAGCAUUAGUGACAUUAAUAAAAGAGGGGUGAAACUCGGCUUUAGUCCCGUCGGUUGGUACUGAAAUGUACUCAACAAAUUGUUUCAUAACAUCAUCUCACCAGUUUCAAAUACUUUAAGGCUGAGAAACUGAAUCCCUUAUCUAUCAUCUACAAUUAAUUAUUUAGCUUCGUAUUGAACUGAUAAAGCCACUGGGUGACGAAACGUUUUUUAAAAUAUAAACAUUCAGGUAUUACACAAGUGAAAUCCAUAAACAAGUUUCUUUUGCAAGGGUGGAGUCAUGACCUCUGAUCCCACCUUUUAACUUUAAAUGGCGAUGUUAUUUUCUUCCUGUGCGUCUUAAUAAUAUAAUGACCUUCUUGGUUGAGCCUCUGAUUUUCUCCGUAAAAAAAAAAUACUAAUGUGUUUGUUGGGCUGAACCAUCCCAAAGAGCUAUCCCUGAUAAAUUAGACACAUGUGCAACUCUUGGGUAUCUUUAUUAAGGAAACGUUUCGCCACAGUGGCUUCAUCAGUCCAUACCCAAGAGUUGCACAUGUGUCUAAUUUAUCAACGUGUCGUUUCUGUGAACCAUUCAUCUACAAGAGGUAUCCCUGUUAUUAUUACAAUCAAAACACAACGCUAAACACACAAGGGUCAUAGAGCGUUACUUGUACUUCAUAAUUUUAUUACCCUGAACUUCGAUGCCCUCAAGAGACAGUAGAGCUGCAGACCAACUUCCUCAAGAGACCUAGGAGCUGUAGGUCAACAUCUCCAAGGCCCAGGAACUGGAUAGCCACACAGUCAUUUAGCACCGAUAUAGUCACUCCAUCAUUCUAGACGGCCUGAACACACACACACACACACACACACACACACCAAGUUGAAAGACUGAUUACCAGAAACUCAUCUUCUACCGUUUCUCUCUAUUGGACUGAAGAAGCCACUGGCGAAACGUUUCCAGAAUGAAGAUACUCAAGUGUUGCGCCAGAGUCGUAUCAACUUGUGGAUUUCCUAAACUGUUUAUUCAGACUGAUAAUUAAUCUGGCAUCAUUACAGCCCAAUACUAAUUUAAAUCUUCCUGGAAAUGAAAUAUAUUAAUGUAGUUAAAUUACUUGGAAAACCGAGACUUUAAAUGAGACUCUUGUGUCACAUUGGGUAUUGUUUCCAGGAUAACGAUCUCCAGAUAUUACACAAGUAUCUCGGUUAUCAAAAUAUAUUAAUGAUGAACGAUUGAGAGCGCGAAACGACACAAUGCCUUGACUGGAACAUACACGGAUGACCCGCACAUAGGACAGAGGAGCUUACUACGACUUCUACGUCCGACGUCCUCUUCAAGGGGGGCUCCUUGGCAUGGUGAAGAGGCUCUUGGUCUGAGGAAUUAGACCUGUCGGUCUCCUUCCUCAGACCGAACCUAAUUAUCCCCCAAUCCCCCCUUCCCUAUCCCAUCCUCCCCCUCCUCCCCUUUUUC